CGUUUAAGAGACAAAUUUAUUUGGCUUAGGCUAGCUUUGACCGAAAUCAUCCGUUUUCUCCUACAUUAAUCCGAUUAAAACUUGCAUCCAGAUGGAGGUUCGUAAAAAGAAGGUGGCAGCCGCAGGACGGGUGAUAAUGGACGUCAUCCAGGCUGAGUGGGAGCCACUGUCUCACUGGGAGCUUGAUCAGCGACUAGACCGCGCAGUGGAAGAAAUGAUAGAGGCUGACCUGGUGGCCCAGGUUCAGGAGCAGUCAGCCUCUGUGACCAUGCAAGCCUCUCAACAGGAGGAUUCAACACCUCUAGAUCAGGCGCAAACAGAGACUCCUCCUCGGCUGUCAGAGUCUGUUUGCGCAUUGCAACGUUCACAUGUUACUGAAGCCAUGGAGGCAAAUCCUGCCGUACAGUAUGUAACACAUUUUCUGCAAAGUUCCAACAAGAGCUACAGCAAAAACCGAUUGUCUGGAAGAGCUCGACUGUCCCUGUCUCACACUGUCCUCCUGUCCCUCACCCUCCUGUCCAAACGCAUCAGCUAUCGCAGUGUGUCCUCUAGUUUCCACCUAGAGAAGGGAAAUAUUCACAGGAUCUUCUUUUCUUUCUGUGAUCAAGUGAUUGCACAAAAGGAUCGGCUCAUUCAGUGGCCUACAGGACAGGAGGCCCUACAGCAUCUGCUUCCUUUCUCCAGCUGGCUGAGUCGCAAUGAUGGUCUGGAAGAGAGAGGUCUUCCUCAAGUCCUCGGGGUGCUGGGUGACACACGCAUCCCCAUCCGCCUUCCCGCUGGCAAACCGGACAGCGAGAGUGAGGCUCCGGAAGCCAAGAGACUUAAGAACGAACCACAUCCAGAUUCAUGGCUGAACUUGGAAUUGGUCUGCAAUGACAAGGGCCGCUUCAUUUACUGCCACAUCAGCAAAGGCUCAGAAAAAGGCAGAGGAAGUGCUUUAGCUGAAAGGCUUCAGCAACACCCCGAGAUGGUGCCUCCAGGGACCUGCCUGAUAGCCGGAGUUGGAUACCCGCUCACAGAACAAAUACUUACUCCUUUUUCAACAGGUCGAAACCCACAGGAAAACCUCUACAACAGAUCUAUGGGAACCCAUUUAGGCCGAUUCAACCAGGUUGUGGCGGACCUUAAAGAGCGAUUCCAGAAAUUGAGAUAUUUGGAUAUGGGGAACUACGAUAGGGCAAAAGCUGUGGUUCUGACUGCUUGUAUAUUACACAAUGUUUUUCUGGACAUGGGGGAUGUGACAAAGGGACUGGUAGAUAAAAGCACAGCUGAAGAUGUGGAGGAGGUAAACGAAGAUGCUGCUGGGGUGAAAAUGAGGGAGACUGUAGUGAAUCUUCUUUAUAGUGCAUUGGAAUCGAGAACACAAUAAGAGUUUGACCUUAUUGUCAAAAUGUGCAUAUUUAAAGGGAUAGUUCAUCCA